AUGUUGGUUCAUACAGGGGAAUAUGGAGUACACUGGAAUUUCUUUUUCACUCUAGCUGCUGUAUCAAUCCUUACAUCCAUAAUUAACAUCCCACCGCAAUAUUCAGGAAUUCUUGGUGUAGCAAUUCUUAUUGGUAUAAUUCCUUCCGGGAUAGGCAUUAUAAAUGGCAAACUUGCUUACUGGGCUGGUAAACUUGUAUGUGGAUACUCUGUUUACCCCAUCACUCUCAGCCCUACUCAUCUUGACCCUGACAGCUUGGACCAUGGUCCUAGGUCAGACAACCCAAACAUCAGUCCUCAUCAUCAGAUAAGGCUACAGUUCCCACUGUUUAACUGCGACCUCAACACUAUAUCCGUUGGAUAUCUAAGGGCGCUUACUGGUGAGAGUGGACUGAAUUUGAAUGCGAAGAAGCACCGUCUAAUGAUCCUACAGAAGCUAGCACAUGCUUUCUCAUUAUCAUUAUGCACGCUAGAGACAAACCUAGGGUGGCACGCAUGGUAUGGCAUGGCAUGGGUUGCGAAGCGCACAAGUAAAAACCCUAAUGCAUUCACAUGA